AUGGCACCAUUCGUCCCCGUGCGGCGCCGCUCCGCGCUCGCGGCCGCUCUCGCCAUAGCAGCACUUUGCGGCCUGUAUGGGCAGGUAAGCUCUGCUUCGGCUUUCGUGACCGGGCUUCCAACAGUGCGAGCUCGACAACCCGCUGUCAAUAUGCAGUCGAAGGUGGACGACAUUGUGGAAGAGCUCAAGGGUUUAACCUUGCUCGAAGCAUCCGAGUUGGUCAAGGCCAUCGAGGAGACCUUCGGUGUGGAUGCUUCUGCCUCGGCAGGGGUCGUCAUGGCUGCCCCCGGUGCUGCGGGCGGGGGCGAGGCUGCAGAGGCAGCGCCUGAGAAAACGGAGUUUGAUGUUGUCCUGAAGGAAGUGGCAAAGGAGAAGAAGAUUGCCAUCAUCAAGGCCAUCAGAGCAAUCACCGGCCUCGGCUUGAAGGACGCCAAAGGCAUGGCUGACAACCCUGGCAAGCUGAUCGAGGGAAAGCCCAAGGAUGUAUGCGAGGAUGCCGUGAAGCAGCUAGAGGAAGCGGGGGCCACUGCAGUGAUCGAGUGA